UUAUUUCUACACAGAUAAACCGUUUUUGCGACCAAGAAUUAUAGAGUUAACAAACUAUAUAACAUUCUGAAACCUUUGAAACCUUUGCCCAUCACCAAGAAAAGAAAAUGGCACAACCUCUUGGACUUGAAAUCACAGAGCUAAGAUUGGGUCUACCGGGCAGCGAUGAUGGACAUAAAAAUGACAAGAAAAGGGUUUUCUCUGAGGUGUCCGGCGAAGCAAACAGCACAACCGAUGACCGAAAAGUUCAAACAAAGAGUCAAGUUGUGGGGUGGCCACCAGUUUGUUCGUAUCGCAAAAACAUUAGUUUCAAUGAGAGAGAUCGCCAUGAAACUUCAAAAAUUUACGUGAAAGUAAGCAUGGAUGGAGCUCCUUUUCUUCGAAAAAUUGAUUUGGGCAUGCAUAAAGAGUAUUCGGAUCUUGUUGUCGCGUUGGAGAGGUUGUUUGGCUGUUAUGGAAUUGGCAAAGCCUCGAAGGAUGAAUACGUUCCCAUAUAUGAAGACAAGGAUGGAGACUGGAUGCUAGUGGGAGACGGGCCUUGGGAGAUGUUUUUUGAGUCUUGCAAGAGGCUAAGGAUCAUGAAGAGUUCAGAAGCCAAAGGGUUUGGACUGCAGCCAAGAGGCGCUCUCAAGGGAAUUCCAAAAGAUGAUCGUCACUGAGAAACUACAACAUAUUGAACUCGGGACAACUUGACUGAAUUGUCUUAAUUUUUCGUAAGCAUAAACAUUUCUGUUUAAUUGGUGAUUAUUGGUUAAUUAAGAACAGACGAUUCAUCAUCAAGUCGUAGCUUAAUUUGAGACCUAUUUUUAUAUGUUUAAACUGGGACUUGUAGAACCCUAGAUAGGAAAGACAACUAGCUUGUUCUCACGAUUAAAUCCAUCCAGCUAUACGUGUUUUAUUAUU